CGGGGUUAGUCUGGGUAGAGACACGGUGGAGGACGGGUGUGUGCAGUGCGCCCACCGUCUCUUCAUGCAAACCCUAUAUCUGUGAUUUUAGUAGGAUAGUUUUAUAUAAGUUGCAGGAUGUGUCGAUUUGGAUUAUGGGCCGUCGUGGUCCUUGUUGCAACCGCCGCCUCUGCCCAACUCAACCAGGAGGACGAUCUUUUCCACUGUCCAGAAAAGUGGGUCCUUCGGGGGCAGCACUGUUACAAAUUCUUCAACAUACGACAUUCGUGGGAGAAAGCAGCGGCGUUGUGUAAAAGAUUUGGCUCGGACCUGGUGCAGGUGGAGAGCUACGAGCAGAACAACUUCACGGAGCACCUGGCGCACCAGACGCUCGACCACCCCACCAACAGCUACUGGCUUGGCUUGGUCUCCCUCAACGACCUCUCCACCAACACCCUCGAAUCGGCCGGGGGCAAGCAUGUGUCCCUCUAUUCCGGUUUCUGGGCGCAGGGUCAGCCCAAGGUAACGGAAGGCGAGUGUGUCAGAGGCAGGCUGACCGAUACGCACCAGUCAUGGGAACUCAGCACCUGCGAGACUCUCCUGCCGUUCAUGUGCCGCGUGGAGGCCUGUACCCAGGGCGCCGUCCACUGCUCCAAUGGGAGGUGCAUCAACAAGGCGUUCCAGUGCGACGGCCAGAACGACUGCGGCGACAUGUCCGACGAGAUGGACUGUCCCAGCCAGUGCAACUUCUACACGCAGUCCUCCGGCGAGUCCAUCGAGAGCCCCGACUACCCGAAGAAGUACGGAGCGAACCUGGACUGCAAGUGGACGCUGGAAGGCCCCAUCGGCCACAACGUGAUCCUUCAGUUCUCCGAGUUCGACACCGAGAGGAACUUCGACACCGUGCAGAUCCUGAGCGGCGGCCGGACCGAGGACUCCGCGGCCUCGCUCACCACGCUCUCCGGCAGGCAGGACCUCACCAACAAGCUCUUCAUUUCGGCCUCCAACUUCAUGAUCGUCAAGUUCAAGACCGACGCCUCCGUGGAAAAGAGAGGAUUCAGGGCAUCGUGGAAGACCGAGCCCCAGGACUGCGGCGGCGAGUUGAUUGCGACGCCCCAGGAGCAGGUCAUGACGUCCUACAACUAUCCCCUGGAGUAUCCUGGCGGCCUCGAGUGCCUAUACAUCCUCAAGACUCAGCAAGGUCGUGUCAUCACGCUCGAAAUUCUGGACUUGGACCUCGAAGCAGAAAAUGACUUCAUCCUGAUUCGCGACGGAAGCUCGCCCUCCGACCCGAUGCUUGCCCGCCUCACCGACACUCAGGACAAGAACCCCAAGUUCAUCAUCUCCACGGGCCCCUUCAUCUACUUCUACUUCCAAACCAACCUCGGAGUGUCUCGCAGAGGCUUCAGAAUAAGGUAUUCCUCCGGCUGCUCGGUGACAAUCGAAGCCUCAAAGGGAACGAUCACUUCCCCGGCGUUCGGCAUCAGCGACUACCCAACUAACCAAGAGUGUAGUUAUCUCAUCAAGCGUCCCGGCGGAGGUUCUCUGUCGCUGAAGUUCAACGCAUUCGAUGUCGAGGAGAAGGACACCAUCCAGGUCUACGAUGGCAUGACCUCCUCGCAGGGAUUCCGACUGCAUUCUGGCAAUGGCUUCUCGGCCAAGAACCCUCCUUCAUUCACUCUCACGGCCGAUUCAGGAGCGAUGUUCCUCAUGUUCAACUCCGACCCCUUGCGACCCGCUGCCGGAUGGUCCGCCAACUUCUCAGCUGACUGCCCCAAGUUGAACGCCGGAGAAGGUGCCAUUGCGUCCUUAACAGACACAUCCUUCGACAGCGUUGUCACUUACACUUGCCCGGUGGGUCAGGAAUUUGCCAACAACAAGACUUCCAUCGUCACAAAAUGCAUGCCAGGAGGCUUCUGGUCAGAGGACUACAUCCCCAACUGCCAGGUCGUCUAUUGUGGCCCCGUGCCCCAAAUUGAUAACGGAUUCAGCAUCGGUGCCACGAAUGUGACUUACCGCGGACAGGCAACAUACCAGUGCUAUGCUGGCUUUGGAUUCCCAAGCAAAGAGCCCGUGGAGACAGUCAGGUGCACAGAACUAGGAGAGUGGGAGAAGCUGCCUGAGUGCCUUGCAUCACAGUGCCCUGUCCUUCCUGAGACUCCCUUCGCCCGCCAAGAGGUUCUCAACGGUGGCGGACGAAGCUAUGGAACCGUUGUGAGGUUCGAGUGUGAACCUGGCUACUACCGCACUGGGUUGCCCGUCAUCCACUGCAUGUCUAAUGGCUCUUGGUCUGGCGAUGUCCCCAUGUGCUCUAAGAUCCAGUGCCACGAGUAUCCCGAGAUUGAAAAUGGAUUUAUUGCGGAUAUGACUCGCAACUACUACUAUGGGGACGAGGCCCGAGUCCAGUGCCACCGUGGUUACAAGCUGAUCGGUUCCCCCCUCGUCACGUGCGGUCCUGAGCAAAACUUCGUCAACCUCCCAACUUGUGAAGAUAUUAAUGAGUGUGAAGCAGCCCAAUGUGAUGCAGCUUCAACUGAGUGCAAGAAUACCCCUGGAGCAUUUUCAUGCAUGUGCAAGGCAGGCUUCCGACCCAACCUUAACUGCCGUCCAAGAGGCGACCUGGGUUUGUCUGAUGGUGGAAUCCCAGAUGAUGCCAUUAGCGUGUCUUCUACUGCUGCAAAUUAUGAAAAGAAUAGUGUCCGCUUGAACUCGCAACCCGGCUGGUGUGGUGCUGUGCCCGUCCCAGGCCGCAACUGGGUCAUGGUUGACCUUAGAGUUCCCACAGUCAUCAUCGGCUUCCGAACUCAGCCCGUUGGACUCACUGAUGGCCAGCUUGCCUUUGCCAAAUCAAUUCGUCUCCAAUAUACAGAUGACCUAACAGAUGUAUUCAGGGAGUAUACAAACAAUGAUGGAUCACCAGUUGAGUUCAGGAUCACCUCAGGAGCCUCUUUGUCAGUGGUGAAUCUGCCUACCCCUGUGGAGGCCCGCUACAUCCGCCUUACCCUGGCAGACUAUGAGCAAGCUCCUUGCCUCAAGUUUGAGCUCAUGGGUUGCGCCCGCCAAGACUGUACGGAUAUCAACGAAUGUGAGGAAAACAAUGGAGGAUGUGACCAGAGAUGCAUCAAUUCAGCGGGUUCUUUCUCUUGCCUCUGCAAUGUUGGAUAUGAUUUGUUCACAGAAAAUGGAACUGCUGGAUACGCCAUUGAGAAAUCUGAAAGUGGAUUGAGGGAUGGUGACACCUACCGUCUCAACAAGACCUGUGUUCGCAAAAUGUGCCCUGCUCUUGAGUCACCAGAAAACGGAAAGUUACUUGACACACGAAGCAUGUAUCACUAUGGAGAUCUUGUCAAAUUCCAUUGUAACUUCGGCUACGUCAUGAUUGGAUCCGACACCCUGACAUGCACCAGCAACGGAGCAUGGAAUGGCACAUUACCAGAAUGCAGUUAUGCAUCAUGCACACCACUCCAAGAUGAUCCAGCUCAAGGUCUGACAAUUAAUUAUGCAUCACCUGAUAAACCAGAAGUCCCCUACAUGGAGAAUGUGACAGUCAGUUGUAAUGUUCCAGGAAGACCACUACGGAAGACGUUGACAUCUGGCUUCCGUGAGUGUGUGUAUGACCCCCAGCCUGGCCUCCCUGACUACUGGCUCUCUGGCAUUGCUCCUCAGUGCCCCCGUGUCAGCUGUGGUCUUCCUGCUGAGACUCCUGGUGCCACGUACGGCUUUUUCAAGGAUACUCUUUAUGAGACCAAUUUCUUCUUUGGCUGUGAGGAAACCUUCAGCCUUGCCGGCCAAACUAGCAGAUUUGACAAUGCUGUACGCUGUCUGUCUGACUCUAACUGGGACUUUGGUGACCUGAGGUGUGAAGGUCCUGUAUGUUCUGACCCAGGACACCCACCCGAAGGUAUCCAAAUUGCCACAAGCUAUGAGCAAGGAUCUCGUGUUAGCUUUGACUGCACUCGACCAGGAUACAUCCCUAUUACUGAUGAGCCUAUUCGCUGUGUUAGAGAACCAGAGUGUCGUGUCGUUGCUCCCAUUGGCAUAACAUCUGGCAAGAUUCCAGCCUCUGCAAUUAAUGCCACCUCAGAAAGAGGCAACUAUGAGGCACGUAACAUCCGGCUGAACUCUGCUACUGGUUGGUGUGGACAACAAGAAGCUUUUACAUAUGUAACAGUAGACUUAGGUAAAGUGCACCGAAUCAAGGCUGUUUUAGUCAAGGGUGUUAUCACUAAUGAUGUUGUUGGACGACCAACUGAAAUUCGAUUCUUCUACAAGAAGCAAGAGGGAGAUGAUUAUAUUGUAUAUUUCCCUAAUUUCAACCUUACUGCAAGAGACCCUGGAAACUAUGGAGAAUUGGCUAUGAUCACUUUGCCAACAGUUGUAACUGCUCGCUUUGUCAUCCUUGGCAUUGUGAGUUAUGACAAGAACCCCUGCCUCAAGUUUGAGCUCAUGGGUUGCGCCCGCCAAGACUGUACGGAUAUCAACGAAUGUGAGGAAAACAAUGGAGGAUGUGACCAGAGAUGCAUCAAUUCAGCGGGUUCUUUCUCUUGCCUCUGCAAUGUUGGAUAUGAUUUGUUCACAGAAAAUGGAACUGCUGGAUACGCCAUUGAGAAAUCUGAAAGUGGAUUGAGGGAUGGUGACACCUACCGUCUCAACAAGACCUGUGUUCGCAAAAUGUGCCCUGCUCUUGAGUCACCAGAAAACGGAAAGUUACUUGACACACGAAGCAUGUAUCACUAUGGAGAUCUUGUCAAAUUCCAUUGUAACUUCGGCUACGUCAUGAUUGGAUCCGACACCCUGACAUGCACCAGCAACGGAGCAUGGAAUGGCACAUUACCAGAAUGCAGUUAUGCAUCAUGCACACCACUCCAAGAUGAUCCAGCUCAAGGUCUGACAAUUAAUUAUGCAUCACCUGAUAAACCAGAAGUCCCCUACAUGGAGAAUGUGACAGUCAGUUGUAAUGUUCCAGGAAGACCACUACGGAAGACGUUGACAUCUGGCUUCCGUGAGUGUGUGUAUGACCCCCAGCCUGGCCUCCCUGACUACUGGCUCUCUGGCAUUGCUCCUCAGUGCCCCCGUGUCAGCUGUGGUCUUCCUGCUGAGACUCCUGGUGCCACGUACGGCUUUUUCAAGGAUACUCUUUAUGAGACCAAUUUCUUCUUUGGCUGUGAGGAAACCUUCAGCCUUGCCGGCCAAACUAGCAGAUUUGACAAUGCUGUACGCUGUCUGUCUGACUCUAACUGGGACUUUGGUGACCUGAGGUGUGAAGGUCCUGUAUGUUCUGACCCAGGACACCCACCCGAAGGUAUCCAAAUUGCCACAAGCUAUGAGCAAGGAUCUCGUGUUAGCUUUGACUGCACUCGACCAGGAUACAUCCCUAUUACUGAUGAGCCUAUUCGCUGUGUUAGAGAACCAGAGUGUCGUGUCGUUGCUCCCAUUGGCAUAACAUCUGGCAAGAUUCCAGCCUCUGCAAUUAAUGCCACCUCAGAAAGAGGCAACUAUGAGGCACGUAACAUCCGGCUGAACUCUGCUACUGGUUGGUGUGGACAACAAGAAGCUUUUACAUAUGUAACAGUAGACUUAGGUAAAGUGCACCGAAUCAAGGCUGUUUUAGUCAAGGGUGUUAUCACUAAUGAUGUUGUUGGACGACCAACUGAAAUUCGAUUCUUCUACAAGAAGCAAGAGGGAGAUGAUUAUAUUGUAUAUUUCCCUAAUUUCAACCUUACUGCAAGAGACCCUGGAAACUAUGGAGAAUUGGCUAUGAUCACUUUGCCAACAGUUGUAACUGCUCGCUUUGUCAUCCUUGGCAUUGUGAGUUAUGACAAGAACCCCUGCCUCAAGUUUGAGCUUAUGGGUUGUGAAGAUGAGCCUGCUGAAAACCGCCUCCUCGGUUAUGAUAUGGGUUACCCAGUGUGUGUUGACAAUGAGCCACCUCAGUUUGCCAAUUGUCCAGCCAACCCCAUAGUUGUACAGAAAGGUCCAAAUGGAGUCCAAAGUGUCAACUUCACAGUACCUACAGCUUAUGACAACUCUGGUAUGAUUGCCAGGACAGAAGUGAGACCACCAGGUUUCCGUCCUCCUAUCCACAUCUUCGAGGAUACAAUGGUGGAAUAUUUAGCAUUUGAUUUUGAUGGAAAUGUUGCCAUCUGUCAGAUUAAUAUCACUGUUCCUGAUGACAUUCCUCCAUCAAUUACCUGCCCCCAGAGCUAUGUUAUUGAACUGGUCGAGGAGCAAGAGAACUACAAAGUCAACUUCAAUUCCACUCUUACAUUGUCUAGUGUAAAUGCAAGUGAUAACAGUGGGGAAUACACCUUAAAGGUAAUGCCAGAAGUUGCACUGAUCCGUGUUGGUGGCUAUGAGAAUGUUACUGUCAUUGCCACUGAUCCCUCAGGAAAUAGCGCUUCUUGCAACUUCCAAGUAGCUGUACAAGCCACUGCCUGUGUAGACUGGGAACUGAAGGCUCCAGCCAACGGCAAGCUGAACUGUCCUCCAAACCAGGGUGAAGCUGUGCAGUGUUUGGCUACUUGUGAUACAGGAUUCAGGUUUACUGACAACAUGCCAGUGAAAACUUUCACCUGCACAGAGGAAAACAUGUGGCAACCAAGCCGCAUGGUGCCAGACUGUGUGAGCGAAAAUACAGAACAAGCUAGCUAUGAUGUUGUAGCAGAUGUUAUGUACCGAGCCAAUGGAGCUGUGCAGCCUACAUGUCUCCCUCAAUAUGAAAGUCUUGUAAAGCAGUUUUAUGAGAGCCUUAACGGUGUCUUAUCUAGUCGCUGUUCAGCUGCAGUUAAUGUUGCUAUGGAUGUCAUGUUCCAUGAAACAAGACUAAAGUUGGUACAGGAAAAUAUGGUUCAUGUUUCCUAUAUACUCCGUAUCACACCUGAGGUAAAACAGAAACUUCUCUACGACCUCUGUGGCUCCACCCUGUCUCUCAUCUUUGACCUGAGUGUACCUUCAACUUCUGCUGUAAUUGAGCCAAUCCUUGACUUGUCAUCUGCAGGUAAUGCUUGCCCACCAAUGCAGGCACAACGUUCUAAUGUUUCACGAGGUUUUACUUGCAAUGUUGGUGAAGUCCUCAAUACUGAGACAUCGGAAGUGCCAAGAUGCCUACACUGUCCUGCUGGAACCUUUGCCAGAAGGGAAGAAACAAUGUGUACACCUUGCCCGGCUGGGUUCUACCAAGACCAGAGCCGCCAAGGUUCUUGCAAGCGUUGUCCCUCAGGAACCUACACUCGAACCACUGGCACUAAGUCAAGCUUGGAAUGCGUACCUGUAUGUGGAUAUGGAACAUACUCACCAACUGGACUUGUUCCUUGUCUCAACUGCCCACGCAACUCUUACACAGAAGCACCCCCUGAAGAUGGCUUCAAGGAGUGUCAGGCUUGUCCACCAGAAACAUUCACUCAUGCUCCAUCUACUUCUUCACGGCAGAUGUGUCGCCAGAAGUGCCGACCUGGAACUUACUCAGACACAGGGCUGGAACCCUGCGCUCCUUGUCCACGAAACUUCUACCAGCCUUCAAUUGGCAGUACAAGUUGCUUCGAAUGCUCUACAGGCAAUUACACUGAUGAUGAAGGUGCUACAUCAGGUGGGAUGUGCUUAUCUGUUGCUUGUUCAGGAGUCUGUCAGAAUGGAGGAUUAUGCUUAGCUCGCCAGCAUCAGGUACAGUGCUAUUGCCCUGCAGGCUUUACUGGGCAGUUCUGCGAAGUUGAUGUCGAUGAAUGCGCUUCAAGACCUUGUUACAAUGGAGGCAAUUGUGUGGACCUUCCUCAGGGAUACAGAUGUGACUGUUCUGAAGGCUACAGUGGCUUACAGUGCCAAGAUGAAGUGAGUGAAUGCUUAGAAGGCACCUGUCCAGAUCGCGCAAUGUGCAAAGAUGAUCCAGGUUUUGGUACCUUUGAGUGUCUUUGCCGCUCUGGUUACACUGGUGUAGGAUGUAACAUUACUGUUAAUCCAUGCACAGAAAAGGGCAACCCAUGCACCAAUCAAGGAACAUGUGUACCUCUAGAACAAGGAAGAUUCCGAUGUGAAUGUCAGGCUGGCUGGGAAGGUCGUCUCUGCGAAGUGAACAUUGACGAUUGUGCAGAAAAUCCUUGCCUGCUUGGAGCUAAUUGCACAGAUCUGCUCAAUGAUUUCCAGUGUGACUGUCCCAAUGGAUUUACUGGCAAACGCUGUCACGUCAAGGUUAAUCUUUGCCAGAACUCUCCUUGUGUUAAUGGUGUUUGUGUGGAUAAUUUCUUCUCUCACUCAUGUGUGUGCCACCCUGGCUGGACUGGCGAGAGCUGCGAGGUCAACAUUGAUGAGUGUGCUUCUGAACCCUGCCAGAAUGGUGGUCAAUGUGUGGACAGAGUCAAUGGGUAUCAAUGUGCUUGUGACACUGGAUAUACAGGUAAGGCCUGUCAACACACAAUUGAUGACUGUGCAUCAGAACCUUGCCAGAAUGGUGGUACCUGCGUCGAUGAACUGGAUGGCUUCUCAUGCGAGUGCAGACCUGGCUUUGUGGGACUCCAGUGUGAAGCUUCUAUCGAUGAAUGCAUAAGCAAUCCUUGCAACCCAGUUGGUACAGAGAAGUGUCUUGAUUUAGAUAACAUGUUCAAGUGCAAAUGUCAUGUAGGAUAUGAAGGCGAGUUCUGUGAAGUCAACAUUAAUGAAUGCGAACCAGAUCCUUGCCACAAUGGAGCUGCAUGCACAGAUGGCGUUGCAGAUUUCACAUGCACCUGUCAACCAGGAUGGACUGGCAAGCGCUGCGAGGUGGACAUUGGCGGCUGUGAGUCGGCACCUUGUCUGAACGACGCUCAGUGCAUCAAUCUCUUUGAGGAUUACUUCUGCGUGUGCCCAUCAGGUACUGACGGCAAACAGUGCCAGGUGACCCCAGAACGCUGCGUAGGCAACCCAUGCAUGAAUGGUGCUUCGUGUCAAGACUACGGUUCAGGCCUCAACUGUACUUGCUCUGAGGACUUCACUGGUAUUGGUUGCCAGUUCGAAUUUGACGCUUGUGAGGCUCAGCUCUGCGAGAAUGGAGCCACAUGUAUCGACCGAGGUGCAGGCUACCAGUGCGUGUGCCCACCAGGCUUCACAGGUAGACACUGUGACCAGGACAUAGCUGACUGCACAUCAACCUCCUGCCCACCUGGCGCUACCUGCAUUGAUCUUACAAAUGACUUCUAUUGCAAGUGUCCAUUCAACCUCACUGGCGAGGACUGCAGGAAAGUCAUCAAUGUCGACUACGAACUUUACAUCAAUGAUGAGAGCAAAGUUUCGAGCGCCUCCCUGGCCACACCCUUCCAACUGGGCAUGGCCCCGUCCUUCACAGUGGCCAUGUGGGUGCAGUUUGCUACCUCUCUUGACCUUGGAACAUUCUUCACCCUUUAUUCCGUCUCGAGCCCAUACAUGCCAACUGAUAAGAAAGUGCUGCUCCAAGCCACUAAUGCUGGAAUCGCAGUUGAAUUCUUUGAGGACAUAAAGGAAUUCCUGACGUACCGCUCCAACAUCCCCGUUAAUGAUGGCCAGUGGCACCAUGUCGCCCUGGUGUGGGACGGCGCCGCAGGCACUCUGACUCUGACCACCGAUGCCGUCGUCGUGGCACAGGUUGAAGGAUUCGGACAAGAUCGUAUGCUGCCGAUGUAUGCUUGGGUGACACUCGGAUCCGUAGAGUCAGAGUUUGCAGGAUACACUAACGAGCGUGGAUUCCAUGGACGCGUCGCUCGUCUGAACGCCUGGAAUCGGGCCUUGGACUUCCGCACAGAGAUUCCCAAGAUGGUCCGAUCCUGCAUGAACUCGCCCGUGAUCUUCGACGGCCUCCUCCUGAGAUGGACGGGUUACGAGAACGUGAAAGGAAACGUCGAGCGCGUCGGACCCUCAACCUGCGGCCAGUACGUGUGUCGUCCGGGCUACACCGGAGACUGCUCUGUGCUGGAGAGGGACAAGACCCCACCGCGCGUGAACCACUGCCCGGGAGACAUGUGGGUCAUCACUCGCAAUGGGUCAGAGGUCGUGACUUGGGAUGAGCCCGUCUUCUCCGAUAACAUUGGUGUGACGCAGAUUUUUGACAAGUCCGGCUAUUCUUCUGGUCAGGCCUUCACAUGGGGUACAUACGACAUUGCAAGAGUAGCUUACGAUGCCGCCGGUAACUCUGCAACCUGUGCUUUCAACAUCUAUGUCCUCGAAGACUUCUGCCCCAAGUUGGACGACCCUGUGGGCGGCAUUCAGCGCUGCGCCGACUGGGGUCCCGGAGGCCGAUUCAAGGUUUGCAAGAUCGAGUGCAAUGACGGCCUCAAAUUCUCGCAGGAGGUCCCCGACUUCUACACCUGCGGCGCCGAGGGCUUCUGGAGGCCGACGCCAGAACCGACCUUCCCCCUCGUCUACCCUGCCUGUGCCCCUGCCAGCCCUGCCCAGAGAGUGUUCAAGAUCAAUAUGCAGUUCCCAUCUUCAGUCAUCUGCAAUGCCGCCGGCCAAAACGUGCUGAGCGAGAAGAUUAGUCUUGCACUGAACAAGCUCAAUUCCAACUGGAACAUCUGCACCGACACUGAUACAUCCACCGGCGGCUGCAGCGGCCUUAACGUGGCUGUCGACUGCUCAAGGAGAAGCAGGUUGGCUCGCGAGGCCGUCGACGUCAGGGCGAGGAGGCAAGCAUCUCCAGACUCCGACGAUGUUUAUGACGUCAAGAUCACCUUCCCUUCUGUAAAUGACGAUCUGAGUGCCAGCAGGAGCCGAAGGGAGACAGAUCAGGCAUACCAGUAUAAUCUGGAGGUCUCUUUUGCUGCCAAGAACGACCCCGUCCAGCACUCCAACGCCGAGCUCGAGUCCACCGUCAGGCGUCUCAUCGAAGGCAUUAUCCUGGAGAAGGACGAGUUCGACGUCCGCGACGCCCUGCCCAAUGUGGUGCCCGACCCGUCCUCGCUCCAGCUCAACUCCGAGUACUCCUGUCCCGUGGGCAAGGUUGUAGUCGGCAGCGAAUGCGUGGACUGCGCCCCUGGCACAUAUUAUAGUACCGAGAGCAAAACAUGCGAGCUUUGCGAGCUGGGAACCUACCAGAACGAGAUGGGCCAGGUCGCCUGCAAGGCCUGUCCCGAGCGAGCGGGUCGCCAAGGCGUGACCAAGAUUCCCGGGUCCCGUUCUGCCGAGGACUGCCAGGAGCGCUGUGCUGCUGGAAGGUACUUCGACGAGCAGAUGAGCGUCUGCCGCUCCUGUGGCUACGGAUACUUCCAGCCUGACGAAGGCAAGUUCUCCUGCAAGAGGUGCGACCGCGGCCUCACCACGCGCACCAAGGAGGCAGUGUCUGCCUCCGAGUGUCGCGAGGAGUGCGAGUCGGGUCUCCAGCUGGGAACCACAGGCCCGUGCGAGCCGUGCCCGCGAGGCACCUACCGCACCAAGGGCAUCCACUCGUCGUGCAUCCGCUGCCCAGCCGAUCGUACGACCCAAGGACCCGGCGCCUCGUCCCUGGAGGAGUGUUCUCUCCCUAUCUGCAUCGCUGGCACCUACCUGUCGAACUCUGAGUGCCUGCCGUGCCCCAAGGGUUACUACCAGCCCGAGGCACUCCAGACAGCCUGCCUGAGCUGCCCGAAAGACACCUCGACCCGCGACGUGGGCGCCACCUCUGAGGAGGAGUGCUCCAACCCUUGCGAGGUUCACGGAGAGCAGAUGCUGUGCGAUUCCAACGCCCUCUGCCUCUUCAUCUCGGAAACCAGCGACUUCGAAUGUCGGUGCAAGCCAGGAUACAACGGAACCGGCGAAUACUGCGUCGAUAACUGUGAGAAUUACUGCGAGAACAAUGGCAUGUGCCGGAAGAACGAGAACGGGGAGCCAUACUGCGUGUGCUCCGGCUCCUUCACUGGCAACAGAUGCCAUCUCAAGAGUGACUUCACGUACAUCGCCGGCGGCAUCGCGGGGGCCGUGGUGUUCGUCAUCCUGAUCGUCCUGUUGGUCUGGAUGAUCUGCAUUCGGGCCACGAGGCGAAGGGAACCGAAGAAGGGCUUCCUCGCGCAGCCGUCCACGGACCCCAACGGCUCGCAGGUCAACUUCUACUACGGCGCCCCUGCUCCUUACGCGGAGAGCAUCGCGCCCUCUCACCACUCCACCUACGCCCACUACUACGACGACGAGGAAGACGCGUGGGAGAUGCCAAACUUCUACAAUGAGACCUACAUGAAGACUGGGUUCCAGAAUGGUGCCGGAAAUAGUCUGGCUCGCUCUAACGCCUCGAUCUACGGCAACAAGGAAGAUCUCUAUGACCGCCUGCGCAAACAUGCAUACCAGGGAAAGAAAGGUGAGGAAGACUGAAAUAUCACGAGCCAGCUUGUGUGAUAUGUUCAGCAACGAUGCAUGGACAUGGCUGAGACAAAAUGAUAAUUAAACGAACACAAAAAAAAAAAUAAAAUAAAAAUUAUGCUGCCAAUGUAUAGAAGAAGGAGUUAGCAUGCCGGUAUAAUCACCCAGCAAGUGAAGAAUGGGUCUUUGAAGAAGAAAAAAAUGCAGUUUUAAAUACUCAUCUAUGUAUAGCAUGGGCUCGUGGACAAUCUUGCAAUAUUUACAAAUACUGCAUGAACCUAUUGUAAAACAGCUAAUUCGUGAU